GUUGGAAACUUUACACUGUGUAGAGCUUUUGGAUUGUGGAUUUUGAUUUUGUGUGGAUACCUGUGCGAUAAAAUUGAGAUUGGCGUGAUCAGGAAAAAUACGUAGAUAUCAUACACACACCUUGCACAAUGGUUCGAGUCAUUACUCAAGAGACAUUUGACAGUGUGGUAAAAGAAAAUGUUGAAGAUCUUGACAUGGACCCUGAGGAAGCUAUCCAUGAUGCAAUCAAGCAGUUUGAAGCGCAGGGUGUUGACCUGACAAAUAUUGUUACCACACAAGCUGACUUGUCCCAAGAGCACAAAAUCGUGAAUUUGAUUAAUCAGCUGAAGACCCUGAAUGACCAGGCAGCUGGUGAAGUUGAUCUUCGCGAGCUGAAGGAUAGUUUGCAAGGUCUGAAGGGCGAGUGCGACCUGGACAUCGCUCAUAAGGUGAUGGCAGGCAAGGCAGGCGCCUACCAGCUGCUGCUCGACCUGCUUGAGAAACACGAAGAGGACCAUUCCAUCAGCAUUUUGGUUUUGAGCUGCAUCACUUCCUUAAUGACAGGACAGCCUGACCUUCUCACUGAACGUGGUGUUAAAGCCAUCUUGAAUUCAAUGAAGAGUGAAAAUGAACUGGUAGUAGUCCAAUCAUUGAAGCUGGCAAAGCAGUGUUGCUUGCGUCACGAGAUGAAUCGGCAGCUGUUCAUAGAGUUUGAACUAGCCCCACAGCUGACCAAUCUCCUAUCCUCGGCCUCCUCACCGGUCGCCAGACACACCUGCAGCGUGCUGCGGUCGCUCAUUCUUGAUGAUGAUAUCCGAGUGCCUUUUGGCAAGGCCCACGAACACGCCCGGCUCAUUGCGUCCGACUGCGGUGGCCUUCAGAGCAUCUCGCACCUGCUUAAAGAUCACAAGUCUGACAUUGAGACUGUGAACGAGCUGCUGCAAACCCUUGGUGCUUUGGUCGUCCGAGAAGAGUUUUGUCGAGAAGUCGAAGAGGCUGGUGGACUGACAUUUUUGUUAGAAAUGAUGGUCACUUACAUGGAUGAUGAGAAAAUCAACAGGCAAGCCAUCAAACUGCUGAAGGCCCUAGCUGGCAGUGACGCUGUGAAAGUGAAAAUUGUGCAAGCUGAAGCGAUUCCCCUGCUCAUUUCGGCCAUUAGUCGACACCAAUCAAGUCAGCAGCUUUUCCUGAUCGGAAUUCUAGCCAUAGCUGCAAUUUCCCUGAGGAGUCCGGCCAAUAGUCAGAUGCUGUGCGAUUGUGGUGUUGCCGAACUUAUCACGCAGGGCAUGAAAGAGCACUUGAAGAAUAGUGACAUCCAGAAAAACUGUGCCUUGGCGAUAAGGAAUAUCGUUUCCCGAAAUCGAGAGCUGUGCAAAGAUUUUAUUGAUUUGAACAUCGAGGAUCUGCUGAAUCUCUCUGUCAAAGUCCAUGGGGCAGCUGUUGAAGAAAACAUCAAAGACGCCUUGAGAGACCUUGGGCUGAAGGUGCACCUGACUGAAAGGUGGACCGGCACAGGAAAAGGCUUGGAGCAGUAGAAAUGAAAUCAAAUUUUACAUUCCUUAUGAGCUGCUUAAGUUGCUAUGAGCACUAAAAACGUAACGCUUGUUUUCCGGUAAUAAAUUAAUUUUAUUUUCCAAGUUUUUAUAUGCUUAUGUGCUAACGAUUUAACUUAUUGAAUAAAAGAA